ACUUAUGGAUGUUUUGGUAGUGCAAGUCAGUUAGUGACUCAAAAAAAUAGAAUUUUUCUCUUCAUGAAUAGUCACACACGGUCUCGUAACGUACCGACCAGUUACUGCUCGUUAAAAAGCCCAAUAGUUUUGUGUUGCAUUACAGUGCAGUAGCACGGUUUUUGGAAAUGCGGAGAAAGUGCUACUCUCGCCGUCGCCGUGUCUAAUUUGUCAACGGUAUUCACAAAUAUAUAAGAAUAAGAAGAAUAUAUAAAUAUAUAUUCUUGAAUACAACGGUAUUCACACAAAUUCAACAAGAGCUAACUUGAAUUUUGCGUUGAGACCACCGCAUCAUGAUCGAGGAAAAAUUUCAGAUCGAAUAGUGAUCACGUAGAUUAAUUAAUUCAGUGACGAGUCGUGUCGUCAUAUAUAAAGGUAAGCAAACUGUGCUAGUAUCCAUGCUAGUUGAAUUCAUCGAUCUGAAGAGAGCAACGGGAAUAAUUGUCCGAUGGCGUUAUUAUUAACCAUUGAGUUGAAUGAACGAGGAAAAAUUUUAGUUUUUUUUUAAUGUACGUUUAAACUAUAAUACAAAAAAUUACAACCAAAUGAUGAUGACUUAUAUAUCGAGUGACCUCAUUCUAACUUUUUCUGAUUUUGAUUGGACAAUGCGCUAAACUGAGCUUUGCUCAAGUUACCCGUGUGAAAUGGAAUUUCAUUUAUCAUAGAAAACUUUGAAUCGAUUGUUUUUGUUAGGUAAGCCAGAUGGCAGCAGUAAUCUCUGUGGGCUGUGUGUGGCACUGCGUACGGGAAACAAUUAUGAUGGAACAAAGAAGAUUUUAAUUCUAGAAAGCUGCUCAACAUGAAUCAAGAUCAGUUCCUCCUCAAAUGGAAUAACCACCAAAAUAACCUGGUUGAGGUGUUCUGCUUUCUCCGCACUCAGGAUGCUUUUGUGGAUGUUACCCUGGCAUGCGAUGGCAAAUCAUUCCCUGCCCACAAGGUUGUUCUCUCUGCCUGCUCCCCUUAUUUUCAAACCCUCUUCCAGAGCAACCCCUGCAAGCAUCCUAUUGUGUUCCUCAAGGAUGUCAAGAGCCAUGACAUGGAGGCACUCAUUGAGUUCAUUUACAAGGGCGAGGUGAGCGUGUCGCAAGCAGAGCUUGCCUCUCUCAUCAGUACAGCUGAGAACCUUAAAAUCAAGGGACUCGCGGAGCCUGAGAAGCCUUCUGAAAAACAUUCCAAUUGUACUAAUAAAAGAUUGGCAUCUCCACCAAGAUUAAGUGCCCAGCAGCAAUUAAGCCAGCCCACAAACAAUGGCCCUACACUACACGGGUCUCCAAUGUACAUCCAGUCCACACCAAGUGUGAAGCGGAAAAGAAUAGAAGCCCCGCACUACGCUACCUACAGCCCUGCCUACCUGGGCACCAAUUCUAAUGGAAGUGUCAUGUUAAGAGACAAAGACCUUGAUGGGAAAACAGGCACUGUUGUGGCGUGCAGUGGACCUGUUAACAACAGCGUUGUUGUUGACCUCAACCCCGGCAACGCAGCUACCCAUCGGUUAGUGGAAAGUGUCGUUAACACCGCAGGUGGUGGGGGUAAUGGCGUUAACGGAUCAGGCCCCUCGCAAGUGGUGCUUGUUCCCGUCAACCCCGGCGACGAACACCUCGACCACCUCAACUACAGCAACAACAGCCAUCAUGGCGCCGCCUUGUCGACUUCAGACGCCGUUUUAUACUCCGUGGCUGGCACGGCCAUCUAUGUUGGCCGCGUUGGAGGAGGACCAGGGGAUGAGGCCACCGUGUCCGCCAGGGAGGUAAUCUACACCAGCGCCGCUGACCAUUACGCCAGCAGUGAUGAUGGAUCAGCCGUCACUGCGCAGCCCUGCACUGUUGAUGAUAAACACGAGGUCAAGAUGAGUAUUAAGCUGGAGCCGAGCGGAAACCUGACGGGCGACCCAUGGGAACCGAACAGCAACAGUAGCAGCCACAGCUACGACGACGCCCCCCCUGCCUCCACCUCCACCCCCACACCGCCGUCAUCCUCAUGCAUCACUUCCCCUCACCAUCCCUCGUCCGUGGUUCAUCACUCCCCCCUGCACAUCCAACACAACCACAUGCUUCCUCACAGUCCUUCCUCUCCUUCCCCCAUCUCACAUCACCUCAGCGGGGGUGACGGGGGGGACGUGGGGUCUCCUCCUCCACCCACGGGGGUGGGGAGCUCAGGGGGCGACGUCUCUUUGGGCAUCCCUGGCCUGGCGCUGCACGCGGAGGAGCUCAGCGACCACGCCCUUCAUGACGCGCCCACCGCCAGGGCUGGUGUUGCCGGGGUGUGUGACGAGGCGCGUUGUAUCGACAUGACUAACUUUGCUGCUGCAGCCGCAGCUGCUGCUGCUGCUGCUGCCGCUUCCGCUAACAGCAACAGCUCGUCUGCUGGCUCCAGUGCUGCUAUUGUUACGGCAGGCGGCGGCGGCACUAGUAGCACGGUCUGUAGCGUAUCAAACAACAUCAACAAUGGCACGACAUCAGAAGGAACUAUACUCGAAGUGCAAGGCUGUUUCAUCAAGAGCGAGGUGGGCGUUAGCGGAGGCUCAAUGCGAAGGCUCCUGGAGUGUGAACAUUGCCACAAGUUCUUCACUUCUCGCUUCAACCUGCAGCGACAUCAACUCAUCCACACUGGAGCCAAGCCCUAUGAGUGUCCUCUGUGCCAGCAGCGCUUCAACCAGUCGGGCCAUGUAAAGACGCACCUCAGGACGCGACAUCCUAACCACGACCAGAUAUUACAAGACGCCAUCCAGCAGUCUGACCAGCACAGCAACAGUGAGCAGCAACAGGCACAGCUACAGCACAGUAACAGUGACCACGAGGAACAGAAGGAUGACAGCAGUGGCAGCAGUCUUGGUGUGCCGGUACAACACACGGAAUUGGUGCUGCAGCGAAGUGAUUCACAGACACACAUCAUCAGUACCCACUGUAUACAGCGAUCAGAACAUCUCUAAGCUCUUCUCUAUCUGUGUCUCUUUAAUGGUGCUCUGCUAUGUGUGUAGUGAAGCUUUAUAUGUGCGUACGUUUAAGGCAUUACUGUUCUAUUAGUAACGGGCUUGUGAUGCUCUCAUUGUUUCAUAAAGAUUUACCGUGCGCUAGCUGCUCUCAGAGAACAGCUUUUCAUGGCAACCUCUUGGCAUUCACACAACGGUUUAUUGCAAAACUCAGUAUCUUCGAUUUAAUGUUACCUCAUUUUUGGACUAAUGACUGCAUUCUGGCUGUGUUUUUAUAUUUAUUUCACAUCAGCUGCCAUUAAUGAAACUUGCAUUUGCCUUCGUAUCUAAUUCCAUGGGUGGGUUAUUCUGCAAUUCUGUAACACGCAGCCAAUGAAUCAUGAACGCUGCGUUUUUAUUCUUCGUUAUACAUAUGCAUUUUUGUCCGUUCAGGCUCAUUUCGUGUACAAGAACUCGCUGCUUUGUAGGGUCCCAUUCGGUCGUGUGGCAGCUGAGCUUAAGAGCUUCAUUGUUUAGUGAGAAGAGUAAGUGUGUUUUGUACGUAUGGAAUGCGUGGUGUUCGUGAGCAAGGUGUGUGAUGUACGUCAGGCAAAUGUCAACUAAGGGUGUGGUGUUUAUGCUGUUGAUGAGUGUGUGGUGUAAGUGAGGUUAAUGAUUUUGUGGUGUUUAUGAGUCACGUGUGUGGUGUACCUGAGGCUAGCAUGUGUAUAGUGAGUUUGCGUGUGGAAAAGAUGCGCGUGUUAGUGUUUGGUGUUUGUUCAGUAAGUGAGAUGAGUGGGUUUAUAGUGUCCGAGGUGAGCAAGUGAGUAUGAAAUAAGAAUGGUGAGCUAGUUUGUGGUAAAUGUUAGAUGGGUAAGUGUAGGGAGCAAAAUUAUUUACGUGGUUCUCUUGUUAUGUCAGCAAGAACAUGGAAGGGACUAGACACAAAUGCCGAAUAUUGGCCGUAAGUUGUGAUAGUGAAUUAUUCCGAAGGAACAAACAGUGGCGCAAUUAACACUUCGGUAUGUGAACCAAAGAAGAAAGAACCACAUGGCAAUGCGUAAAGGAAAACAACAGCAGCAACAGGAACAUCGCGGUGCGCUCCGUCCCUACCCCUGCCGUGCCCCUGCCUUGCUGCUGCUGCUCCCUUACCUCGUCUGUUGCUGCAGCUGCUGUGUCUUGUGUACAGCCUUGUUCUUGUGCUACAGCUGGAUAUUCCUGAAAAAAUAGCCAAAUCAGGUUUGCUAUUAUCGUUACCUAUAAGGCUAUAAUACAGGGGUUUCAUUUCAGGUUACUCCUCAAAU